AAUCAAUGAUUAGGAAAUCUUUAUCAUUAGAUACUACUAGUACACAAAAUAUGAAUGCAAAUUUAUUGAAUUUAAAUGCUACAACAGUGAUUUCAUCGAAUUCACCUUCAUUCAGUUCAACAUCUAGAGGUGCCAAUUUUUAUCAUUAUUAUCAAUAUCAUCGUCCAGAGGAUUUAUCUCGAUUUUUAAAAGAAGUUGGUCCUAAUGUACAAGUACAACUUUCUUGUUCAAUCCCUACAAUUGAUAAUCAUCAGUUAAGUAAUGCACAUAAAACCCCUCAUGUUUACCCUACAUUGCAUCAUAGAAGUACAGUGAAAAUGCAAAAACCACCUGCUAGGCAUCAAAUGUUAGCUAAAACAACAACAAUUACUCCUACUUCACCAUUGUCAACUACAGCAAUUUUUCAUAAUUCCCAGACCGCUGUGCUACAAUCAGGUAGUAUUGGUUCGUUGCCAUCAUCAUCAUCGUCGUCCUCCCAUAAAACUUCAACAGCUUUACCAGUUUAUUCUUCUCAUUCAUCUACAGUGAGUAACUUAUCAUCUAUAAACAAUCCAAAGAAAAUUUCAAGGGAAGAAUCAAUUCUACUUAACCAAAAACAUUUUCCAUUUGUGAAUAAUAAUAAUAAUAAUAAUAACAAUAGUUUAUCACCAAUCAGUGUAUCAGCGAAUACUUCCCCAAGUUCCAGUACUACAUCUGGUUACCUUAAGUCACCACCGCCACCACCGCCGCUGUCUGCAUGUCAACAAUCGAUAGAAUCAGCGUAUUCCACAUCAUCAUCUUCAUCGGACACUUUAGUUAAUCAUUAUUAUGAAAUAAAUUCAACGAGUGGAUCAUUCGAUUGUUGUUUCAAUACUUAUUCAAGUUAUCCAACUUUUCACAGAAAUCUAUCAACAAUGUCUAAUUCAUCAACAAUAUCUUAUAAUUUUAAUCAUACAUCUCAGGAUACUCCUGUUACUACAAUUAUUGAUCCUCAUUUAGAAUCGAUGUUACAGUCAAAUUAUAAACAUCAGUAUCAACAACAAAAUGAAGAGAAUUUAUUACCAGAUGAUCUAAUCAAUGAUGUAUUCGAUCUUGAGAUUAUGAUUGCAGCUAAGCAACAACGAGAAUAUCAUCAUAAUUCAACAACAAAUGAAUUGCAGUGUUUAACUGUGGAUGCAUCACCAGUCCCUAUCAAACAACAACCUCAAUUGACUUUAUUGAAUAAUAGUAAUGUUAUACUAUCCACAUCAUUAUCGCCAAGGUUGUCGUCCCCUUCAAUAUUGAAUGCUACAAACCAAUGUUUGACUACUACUACUUCUACUUCUGGUGCUGCAGUUAUUGUCAUUGUUACAAGAUAGUGUCAUCAGUAUGUUGUUUGGUGUUUUUUAUUUGAGAAAGAAAUAAACACCAACAACGAUAGUUAUAAGAACAAUUGUGCAUGCACACACAUAUUUUUAUUUAUUUUCUUUUAUCGAAUUGAAUAUUAGAACCUCUACAUUUGAAAAUAUAAACAUUAUACAUAAUUGUCAUAUUAAUUAAUUAUUUUUUUAUUUGUAUACACCCUCACUCCCUCCUAAAUCAUAUUCCCUCUCAUUUAUAUUAUAUUCAAUAGCUGUAAGAGAACUAAUCAUUUUUAUAUUACUUCUAAUUAUUAUUUUUCAUACUCAACAUUCUUCUUCUUUGUAUUAAAAGUCGUUAUGGAAUAGUGUGGGAAAGCAAUAUAUCAAGUUACGCAUCGUGUACACUUUAUUUUAUUCUUUGUUUUUUGACAUCUAUCUUUAUUGUACUUGUCCACAUCAACAACCAUGCUUGUUCAUCUAGCAGGCUUCUGUUUGUUACUUCUCCUUUGGUGUUUUUCUGUUUCCCAAUAAGAUAUUACAGAAUCGUUCUGGUGAGGUUUUUCUAUUAAUUGCGUAAUAUCGGUUGUAUUCAGGUGCAUUGAUUGUCUUGACAAUUAAAAUAUAAUAUUUGGAUAGAGACGAUUCGUAAUAUGAAUACUACUGCUACUACUAUUACUAAAGAGAAUGAUCAAUGUAAUUAUAUUUUCACACUUACGUACAUUAAAUGUGUAUACAUAUUUUGUGUUCCUGUAUUUUAAAUGGCAUCGGUUGCGUGUGUGUCUGUGUGUAUAUCAGCUAAUACUUUGUCAAUUGCUUCUUUGUCAGUGAAAUCAAGUUGCCUUAGUUAUUAUCUUUUCAACUUUUUCUAUUCUGCAAUGUACACACAUUUAUUAAGUAGUAUACAAAUUGUACACCCACUUUCUCACACAUACACACAAAUAUUCAGGACAUAUUUUAUUAUUAUUACUCAGUAUAUUUACUAUUGCUGUUAUACAUAAACAAGUGUUUUGAUAACAAGAUUUUUUUGUGUGUUUAUAGUACAUUACAAAACUGCAUAGAUUGUUUGCUUCUAUUGUCCAGGUGAUAGCGAUAUUUUGCUCCCUUUCCAGCUGCUUCGCUAGUUGGUUGAUCUCAUUCAUUGUUCUAGUAAAUAAAUAAAUAAACACACCACAUAUAACCAGGUCUUAUUUAUCUUCUCUCUUUUUUCAAAAAAUUUUUUUUUCUUUAUCCCGUCAUCUAUAGUGUUACGACCCAGUUUGGGCACCAAAUUUGUGUAAACAUCUUGUGUUUGUGUCUUUAUUCUGAAUUUUAUAAACUCAAUCUUGUAAUUACAAUAUAUUUGGUCUAAUACACAAAAAUACCACUGUUCAAGGCUAAAACUCACACUCUUCUCUUUCAUUAAUUCAAUAGUUUUGUGUUUUUUUGUUUCAGUUAGGAAUAUUCAAAUGCUUUGUUGUCUUAAUUCAUUCAUUUUCUUUUCUUUUUUCUCUCCACUGGUUGUUUCUAUCUACUAAUCUCGUCUUUGUUUCUGUCUCUUACAAUAAAUCCUAUGUAUUUUUUAUGUGUCUGUUUAUCUUUCGUUGUUUACUCUUCUUUGUCACUUUGUUGAUUUCUGCCAAAAAUUCUUUGACUGGCGUUUUUUUUUUAAAUCCUUAAUUUUUUUUU